AGUUCGCGCACAACAUGGACGGCAACGAGUGCUCAGCUCAUCUCUGUUUACGAUGCUGACGUAGAUUUUUUGCUUUCUUAUCCUCUAACCUUAUUUCCCGUUUCUAGCGAGCGACGAAUCCAUUAAUUAUUACUGAGAUCGUGAUCACUGAAGAUUGGAGAAUAGAACGCAUCAGAAUUGCAUUUGUUCACAUUACUUUUCAAACAUCAACGCAGAACACCGAUGCGAGUAUAUGAUGAAAUGAUGUAAUUAAAAUACGACAAGCUAUGGGUCGCAAAUAUAAACCACGCUCGAUAGCCGAACAAGAUCGCAAGCUCUGUGGCAGCAUAUGCGUAUGUCAGUUUACUAUUGUCAUCAGUUGUGUAGCACUUGUCUAUCUAAGCGUCGCUAUCUACAUGCCUUCGCAUAGAGCCUUUCACGCCGGAAUCGAGACAGCACCAGUGAUGUGCCAAACCGUUAAUACAACAAUGGUAAAUACUUGCUCAUGGGCAAGUUGUGGUGAGUGGUGUUUGACGAAGACUUCAGGCUUUUGCCCGCAGAUCCACGCAACGGUACGGCGCAACGGCACUGACCUCGUAUUUGAGAAUUGCAGUAGAACUGCUAGUAUUGCAUGUCCUAUGGUAAAUUUAGCAACAGUAAAAAAAUAUAAUUGCAACAACGGCAGCGAAUGCGACCACUUGACGGGUCUAUUUGAGUGCAAGAAAGGUCACUGCUCAAACAUAAGCGAAGCAAUGUUAUGCCAUGACAAACCCGACGGUGCAGUAGUUGAUGCUGAGAAGGACAACAUGAAGUUGAACGGCAACUUUCGUUGCAUUAACUCACGAUGUACUCGUAUCAAGAAUCCUUUUCAUUGUGAUAGGUAUUGCCCCAAGAUCAGUACCUCAAGUAUCAAUGUGUUCCUCAUGCAAGGCGACAAUAUCAUCACUGCCUCGUGUGAUCGAGCUAUGGCUUUGAAUAAAGCUAAUGGAAAUAAACCAGGCGAAAGAUUAGAUAAACCAGUGGAAGUUUGGAAAAAAGGAAACGAUGCUCUUGUUGCUAGCUGCAUUAUUGUCAAUAAAGUUGUCGACAAGUUUAGAACGGAAGACUGUGUGAACGGAACGUUGAUAGCAGAAGCUCAAAUACCACAACCAUUCAUAAACUUCACAACCUUCCUACUAUUGUAUCAGCAUAGUUUAGGUCGCAAGGUCGACGAGAAUGAUGCUUACGUGCCAGCUCAACGUUCGCUCACCAUCUACAAUAAUUCACGGCUCUACAUUAACCUCGAGGGCUGUGUUAAUACUUUGCGGGGAGAAUGCCGCGACUUUCUUGGCACUCAUGGCGCCGACGGCGAUAAUCAGACUGCACAAAGCCGAUAUCCGUGUUAUUAUAACAAGAAUGACUCUUUCUUCGUGGUAGCACGUUUCGAUCUGAACAAGACCCGUACAGAGCUAUUGAUUGCAGUGAUAGUACCAUCCUGCUUAUUCGUCAUCAGUUUGGUGAGCUUGGUUAUAAUCACGCGAUCGGUACAAGUAGGUGACGAUGCUAAGAUGCACUGUCGUUACUGCGUUGGCAAGAGUUCAUCACGUGAAGGUGAGAAUCUCGUCGAGACAAAUGUCAUCGCAACUACCACAACUCCGCCGCAACAUACAAGUAACGUAGCACUUUAGCAGUCCAAGCCUACUUCGAGUACCAGCAAUAGUAACGUGAAUAGGAUGAUGGAGCAGUAUGAAAGACUACCACUUAUGGAUACCGACGAUGCAGAGGAUUCGUUUUGAAUCUCCGUAAGUUUUUUUCGUCUGAUAAUGACUCUUGAUAAAGCGAAGUCGCAUUACAUACACGAUGUGAACUGUAUAACUCGAAAUACACUGAUCGUUUUUUUUUAAUGAAGAAGUAGUGCGCACUUAAAAUAUAGAAUUUGUGAAUUUAAAACAUUUUUUUAAUUCAAACGAUUUAAGCGACUAUACUUUAAUGUUUAAUAUGUGAGUAGUCAUGUAUCAUUUGUAAAAUCAAUACUCGAUUCAAAGGUAUCCAAACAAUUAUGAGUUUUUAUAUUUUUGUAAGUUUGUUAAAUUUUGAUUAUUGUAAUAACGCAACCUUAAAUCAGUAUCCCAUUUUUUUUUAAACUUUCUGUAACAUAUGUAUUAAUUAAUUUCUUUUUAAAUUAAAAAAAAACUCUGGAAGCCUUUGUUCCAUCUCUUUGCGAAAUUGUUACAAACACAUUUUGGGAUGAACAAGGGCAAAUGAUUCAUGAUACUGACAUCGAUCUUCAAUUCAACGUAUGUUCAAGUGAAACCUUUUAUGAUCUCAGUAAAAUUUGAAAAUUUUCCUUCAUUCACCGGUGCCCAUAUCAAUUCAAUUGCAGCCUCCAAGCAGUGACAUGUGAUCGAAGUAUUAUUUACCUGUACAUAUUUUUAACAAAAAACAGUGUACGUCAACUAUUGAAAAGAUGUUUUAGAAAAAGUCAUUUGAAAAUAAUAUAAAGGAAAGCUUUUUACACAAUACCAAUAAACUUAUGAAAGUUUCUGAAUGUGUUUCUAAUGAAUUUGAAUGUUGAUGUAACAUUAUUUUUUAAGUCAAUCAAUAAUUACGUAAAUUAUACUGAUGAUUUUUAUUUAUGGUAUUUAAUGCAACAGGUAUACAAUUUGUGUCAAAACAAAUAAAUGUUUAAAAAUUCCACAAUUGAACGUUUUGUGAGGUAGAAAUUUUAAGGAAAAAUAUUUUUAAAUUAGGAUUAUGUGCGAUCUAAAGUAUAUAAUUAACUGUUGCUUAUAGUUUCAAUGUACACGCUAGGGAGCUAACCAAUCUAGCAUAGUUAUUGCUUUGUUUCUAUGAAUGUGGCCUUUCACAAUACUGCGAUAUCUAAUUGUAAUUUACAAUGGAUUACAUUUUUCCUACCGUGCUCUUACCUUUUGUCUGGAUAAAAAACUUGAGCAAUUGCUGUUAAAAAUAACUUAACUGAUGCGGUUGUUUUUACCAAUUACAGAUAUUUCUUUUUAUAAAACUAAAUGUGAUUAAACAUUAAAAUAUUUAUCUGUAUCAAUUGAUUCGUAGUUCACGUUUCUAAAAUAUUUAAUAAGAAUCUACUCAUCUCGACUGAAAGUAUUUUUUAAGCUUAUAAAAUUGGAACUGCCGUGUGUUAUGAUUAUGAAUAUAGCUGGCGUUACUUUUUUAGAUGUAAGUAUUCCAAAUUCUGUAAAAAAUUGACUCUCUAUGACUUUCCGUACAAAUUGAUAUAUCAUAACACUUCGUUAAAAGUGACAUCGAGUUUAUAAUGUCUCAUGAAAUAUAUUGUUGCUCGCUUUUGAAAUGAAAUUAAAACAACAAAUUUGAUAAUAACGCCUAAAACGAUCAUUAAUCUUCAAAUUAAAAAGAAACAUAAUGAAGAGCUUCUGAUAUAUUCUAUUUCAAUAACUAAAUAACGCAAUAUUAAAGAUUACAAAUUUAUAUUUUUAAUGAGAUAUGCUUAUACUAUACGUCAUUACAAAAAAAAUUUACUUUUGCCAUACGCCUGUGAAAUUGGCAAAAUGUCGAUAGAAUUUUCCAAUAGAAUUAAUUUAGAGAUGUAGACACAUAAAUUUAGGAUAUAAAGUAAUACUAUCAUAAUAUAUAUCGUAAUAUACUAAUAUAUUGUAGAUUUCAAUAUAAUUAUUUCGUUCGUUCGAAUGCACUCGCGUAUAUGUACGCACCUCUAAUUGCAUGUCAUAAUUAUCUUGGUAAUGAAUUUUCGAGAGUAAUGCAGUGUGAUCGCGUAACAAAGUAAACAUGAAAAAUUGAGCAAAGUUUGCACAAUCUAAAUGUCAUUGUUGUUUUACAAUUGUGUUUUUUUUUUCAAGUUUUAAAUAUAAAAUAUACAAAAUAUAAAAACCAAAUAAAUAAAAAUGAUAAAGUGCGCUAUAUUUACCUGUAAGUGCUCUACGUGCCUUCUCUUAUUGAGUUUAUAUAAUUACAUCUUUAUCAGAGAUCUGUAAUUUCAAAGCAGAUUGAUACACUGCUUCAAACGAACUGUCACUUUUUGAAUAAUUAAACUUUUGGCUUGAUCCAUAUCAUUGUGAAAAUAUUUUCUAUCGGGAUUUAUUUUGUUAUGUACUGAUACUUUCCCGAAUGAAUUAAGAAUUUAUCGUAAAGGAUAACAAAAACCAACACCAUUAUUCAAAAUUAAUCCAUAACUAUAUUUAAACGGAUAAACUUGAUUUUGUCGGAUAUUUGUGUCACUUUAAUUACGU